AUGGAAGCCAGGAGAAGACACAUUUUCUCUCUCCUCUAUGUCAUCAUCACCUUACUCCCGCUUUCAACUCUCUCAUUUCGUUCUCUCUCCCCGAAUUCAAACCCGUGCGAUCGAAGAACCCUACCAAAUCCACUAUCACUACGAUCCGAUCAGCUAACGGUCCUCAUCAACGGGUAUUCGGAGCUCCGUAUCUCUCUCCUGAGUACGAUCGCUGGAAUUUACGCUUCAUCGCCGGUUGUCUCCGCCGUCGUAGUUCUCUGGGGAAAUCCAUCGACACCGGGGGAAACCCUAGAUUCUCUCUCCUCGAACUUAUCGCUGCUCUACUCCGCUGGUGCGCCUGUUACCGUGCUCCGUCAAGAAUCCAACAGUUUGAAUUCAAGGUUCCUUCCGCGCCAUUGGAUCAGGACACGUGGGGUUCUAAUAUGUGACGAUGAUGUUGAGGUGGACCCCAAGUCAAUCGAGUUUGCGUUCAGGAUUUGGCAGGUGAAUCAGGACCGUUUGAUUGGGUUAUUUGCGAGAUCGCACGGUUUGGAUUUAAGGAGGAAGGAAUGGAUCUACACCGUCCAUCAAGAUAGAUAUUCUAUAGUGUUGACUAAGUUUUUGAUGUUAAAAGUUGACUACUUGUAUUUGUAUAGUUGUGGGAGUGAGGGGUUAGAGGGACAGUUUAGUGAGUUGAGGGGCAUGGUUGAUAAUAUGCGUAAUUGUGAAGAUAUAUUGAUGAAUGUCGUGGUUGCUGACGCGACCGAGCACGGCCCGCUCCUUGUUGGAGCGGACCGUGUUAGAGAUUGGGGGGACGCGAGGAACGAAGUAGCAAUUGGAAAGCGAGAGAAAGAGGUGGAUGUUGGAUUGAGUAGUACAAAAAGAGGUCACGGAGAUCAUCGAAAGAGAAGAGGCGAGUGUAUAGGGGAAUUUCACAAGGUUUUGGGUAGAAUGCCAUUAAGGUAUAGUUACGGAAAGGUGGUUAAUUCGGUUAACGAACAAGGGUUAUGUGAAAAAAGAGGAAAGUUAGUUCCUUGUGAUCAACAAGUCCUUUAGUUGAAAUCAAAUGAUUUAUGGCUUAUGUUGAA